ACCCUAAAAUAACAUCUGUAUUUCCGUUUCCAACCUCUGGAGGCUGGCCUUUGACCAAUUCACCUCAGUGAAUUAGAAUAAAAUAUAAAAGUCAUAAAACUAGUCGAAAAAAUGCCCCUGUUCGGCUUCAGUAUGUUCGGUAAAGUCGUGCCGAAGAUCAGCGCCCAGUCUGACGACGACGAGGAGUUGGUCGACCCUCAGGUGACUCUCAAGGAAAGUUGCGAACCGAACUGCAAAUCGUUUAAAGACAGAUUGAACGAAUGCUCAGCCAGGGUCAGCUCGAAAUCACAGACGACGGAGACCUGCGUCGAAGAACUGAUGGACUUCGUCCACUGCGUUGACCAUUGCGUCGCCAAAACUCUAUUCACCAAACUCAAGUGAAGGAAACACCGAGAACUAGUUCGGAGAGGUGAACCGCCUAUCUUUCCUUUUGUAUUUAUUUAGUUUUCUCCUCUGUACAAUAUUUGUUAUUAAAUAAAAUGGUUAUGUAGUUGACAAUUA